AUGGCAUCUAUCUCCAUUUCUGCUUCAUUGCAUAGAGCCUGCAGUUCUCAUCAUCCCAUCAAUAAACAACAGCCUCAAGCCAGGACUGCAAGGUCUUUGGGAUCAAAGCUGGUGACCCAUGUUGUUACUUUAAAUGUCGAAGGCCAAAGAGGUGUGGGCACGGCUGAACAACAAGAGAAGCCUGCUUUAUACACUGAUAGUCCAAAGAAAUCCAAUGAUCAAUCGGAGAAUGGUUUGGAAACUGAACCUCCUGUUCCAAAAUUUAUCGAUGAGCGUUGGAAGAAAGGGACCUGGGAUUUAAACUUGUUUGUUAGGGAUGGCAAGAUGGACUGGGAUGGUCUAAUUGAAGCAGAAGCAAAGAGGAGAAAAAUUCUUGAAUUGUAUCCAGAUGCAUCUACAAAUGAAGACCCUGUGCUCUUUAGGAGUUCCAUUAUACCUUGGUGGGCAUGGCUCAAAAGGUCAUAUCUUCCGGAGGCAGAGCUUCUCAAUGGUAGAGCUGCAAUGGUAGGAUUCUUCGCAGCUUAUAUUGUGGAUGGAUUGACAGGGGUUGAUAUGGUUGGCCAGACAGGAAACUUCAUUUGCAAAGCAGGACUUUUUGUGACUGUCUUUGGCAUAAUCCUUUCUAGGCGAAUCGAAGAUUUCAAAAACCUGAGAAAGCUGGUUGAUGAAGCAACCUUCUAUGACAAGCAAUGGCAGGCAUCAUGGAAAGAUCAAAACGCACCAAAUACUGGCGCUUCUGACAAAAUUAUGAACAAAAUGUAG